AUGCCAUGCCUUGUCACCUUUGUGCCCAAAGAAUCUGUGCCUGACAGAUUGAUUGAUGGGUUCAAAGGGGAAUUGGCUGGAGUGACAGCCAUCACUAGGGUUGAUGAUGUUGUAGCUGGUGGUGGUGGUCAUGUUGUUGUUGGUGUUGGUGGUGAUGUUGCUGUUGGUGGUGCUGAUGCUGUUGGUGGUGUUGUUCAGCCUGUUGAUGUUGUUGGUGGUGGUGGUGGUGGACUUGGUGAUGAUGUCCCAGCAAGUAUUGCUGGGGAAAAAUUAAGAGAUGAUGAUGCUAAUAUUAGUGGAUUUACUCCAGUUGCUGGAUUGAGUGAUUUUUUCGGAUUUGGUGGUAAUUUUAGUGGUGGUGGAUUGAGUGGUAGAAGAUUUGCUGAUGUUGGUGCCGGUACUUCUAAGGUGCCCUCAUGUGCUUGUGAGUGCACCACUUGCAAGGACAAAAUGGAUAAUUUGAUUAGAAAGGUGGAGGAAUUGGUGCAGGCCCAAGAAGCCACAAACACUUCUAUCCAGAGGUUGAUAUCCAAGAGGGGGGCAAAUCAAUUGCCAAGGCAACUUGCAUCAGUUAGAUCAAGAAGAUCUGUUGCUACUCCCGAUAAGUCAAUUGAGACUCGUCUUCUUGAUGUUGGGCCAAAAGUGCUAAAGAAGGUGGACAUUUUCAAGCCUGUACAUGCCCAAAGAAAGAAAAAGGUUGAGACUGCAAUCAGGUCCAAAAAGAGUGGGAGAACCAUGUACUCAAUGCAUGAAUUUGGAGCAGCAGACUUCAAGGCUAUGACAAGCAUGGAAAUUUGGUGGGAGGAUUGGUAUGUAGAUGAAGUCCUGCUUCUAAUGCGUAUGAGGCAAAUCAAUUUCCCUGAGUACUAUGAUUCCACUGACAUAAUCCUGGACCUCAACUUUUACAACAACAUGUCCAAGAGGUACGCAGAAUUGACAAAAGAGAGUACAGUUCCAAAUGUCGUGCCUCUGAAGGUUAGACUUGCUGAAUUCAAGUGGGAUGAUGAUAUGGUCGACUAUUGUAGGGGUGUCAGACCCUACCCGGGAGGCUGCUCAUGGGCUGGUGCAAAGAGGGUUUUAACAGUGAUGAAUAUUAAUGUCACACAUUUUGUCACUCUCGAGUUCAUGAUUGAAGAGGGAGUGGUAAAUGUGUAUGACUGCAAUGUUCCUGUCUACGAAGAAUCUGAUUUCUUUUGUUUCAUGGAGCGGUAA